AUGAAUAUGUCGUCAAAGGUGUUUGCUGUUACCGGAGGGGCAUCGGGAAUGGGCGCAGCAACAUGCCGUCUUCUGGCCGAAAGAGGAGCCUAUGCAAUUUGUGUAGGUGAUGUAUCCCCAAAGGGAUUCGAAGCCCUUCGAGCGUCGAUUGCUGCCAUCAAUCCAUCUGUCAAGCUCCGCUGCAAGAUUUUAGACGUCGCGUCUUCCACCUCGGUAGAUGAGUGGAUCAGUGAUAUCAUAAGUGUCUUCGGAGAGCUUCACGGAGUUGCGAACAUUGCUGGACUGCCCCAAGCUAUUGGUGAAAGAGGAGUACCGGCGAUUCUCGAAGAAACUGAUGAGGAAUGGCGCCGUAUCCUAAACGUCAACUUGGACGGCAUAUUCUACUGUACGAGGUCAGAAAUCAAAGCAAUGAAGAACCUUCCCUCUGCCAACAGAGCUAUUGUGAAUGUGUCGAGCAUGGCUUCGUUGCAGCACAAUCCCGAUGUCUAUGCGUAUCGCACCUCAAAGGCCGCAUGCGCUCAUUUUACUACAAGCGCGGCAAAGGAUACCACCAGUCUUGGCAUCAGGAUCAACUGUGUCUCACCUGGUUUGUUUGUCCUGCUCCUUAAUAAUAUAAUUGAUGAUCUCUCUCUGUUUCUGUGCUUACUUUCUACAGGAGUGACCGAUACUCCUAUGCUGGGUAGUUUCAUUCGCAGCGCUGAUCAAGUCCAAGAAGGAUGGAUCAAGAAGGGAUGGAAUCUUAUGAGCGCUGAGGAUGUGGCGCGUGUUGUUGUUUGGCUCCUCAGUGACGAUUCCAUCCCAGUUUUUGGCUCAAACAUCAAUGUUGGAGCAGGUCUCCCGUAA